AUGUCGAAGCCCAGGCUAAGUUUCUCCCUCAAGAAGGGUGCGACAGCUAACAACGCACCGGGUGCAUCCACGAGCAGUGCCUCUGGCCAAGCUGGUAUCCCAACGCAAGUGCAGCGAGCAUUCUCAGAGGCCAAUGAGCCACAGAACCCACUCAUCCCUACACGAGCUGGCAAGGCACCAGCACCCGUAUCGAAACAAGUACGACAACAACAGGAAGAGGCGCAGCAGCUGGAUGAAAGUGCAUUUGACUACGAUGGCGUCUACGAUCAAAUGAAGCAGGUGGAGCGCGAUUUACGGCAAGCGAAAAAGGAGCAGGACUCGACACGCAAGCCAAAGUACAUGAACCAGUUCUUCAAGGCGGCUGAGCUUCGUGAACGCGACCGAAUGCGGGCUGAAUCCAAGAUGAUUCAGCGCGAGCGUGCUGCUGAAGGGGAUGCUUUUGGUGAUAAAGAGGCAUUUGUCACCUCGGCGUACAAGGAGCAGCAAGAAGAGUGGAGACGUGCCGAGGAGGAGGAGCGGGUCCGAGAGGCUCGCGAGCGGAGUCGGUCACGGGGCGUCGCGGCAUUUCAUCAAAAGAUCCUUGAUGAAGAAUGCCGGCAUCGCCAAGCUACUGUGGAAGCACUCACGCAUCGUAAGCUAGACACCACGUCUCAAUGCUCGAAUACUACGACGUCUGAGCCGUCUGUCUCAGACAGGGCUCGAGCUGAGCAAGCUCAAGCUCAAGGCUUGCAUGUAGAGCUCAAUGACGAUCAGCAGAUUGUUGAUCGGCGAGACUUGCUGAAACGUGGCCUGAAUUAUGUGCGCAAACGCAAGGCGCCUGAAGACGCCCAUGACAACAAAGACGACACGGCGAUCGCCGAGACUAGUUCACGUUCGAAGCGUAGUCAAAUGAUGGAAGAAGAGCUUCUAUCUCGCAUGGCUGGUAGUGAAGACAGUGACGACGACAGUUGCGAUGAAUGA